AGAAGGAGGAGCGGGCUGGCGGCUUUAUAAACAGGGGUCAGCCGCGCUGGACGCACCAUCACCGCCCCGGGCCUCCGCAGCCCAGCCGGUCCCGACCCCCAGGACCCACCCCGACAGCCGCCCGGAGAUGCUGCAGCCCCGCACCCCGAUCCUCCUCCUCCUGGAGGCCCUCCUCCUCCUUCUCCUCCUCCCCUCGGCCCCCCGGGCCGCAGCCACCCCAGGUUCUUCAGAACUCUCAAAAGCAGUGAACGUGACUUGGAAAUCUACUGACUUCAAGACCAUCUUGGAAUGGCAGUCCACACUAAAAGAUUAUGUCUAUACUGUCGAAAUGAGUUCUAGCAAAGCAAACAGAUGGAAAAAGAAAUGCAUCCGUACGUCAGCAACAGAGUGUGAUGUCACAGAUGACAUGAAAGACGUAAUGGAAAAAUACAGCACCCGAAUCCUUAUAGAAAAGCAAAUGAGGACAGAAGAUGAUAUUGAAGAACCUCCUUUUGUAUACGCUCCCGAUUUCACGCCUUACCUAGACACCAAUAUCGGACAGCCAAUAAUUGAAAGUUUCAGUCAAAAUGGAACCAAGUUGAGAGUGGUGGUUCAAGAUCCCCAUACGGCACUCCGACUUGAGCAAAACUACAAAACCCUUCGUGGGAUUUUUGGCAGAAAUCUAAGUUACACGCUGUUUUAUUGGAAAGCCGCAAGUACGGGAAAGAAAUCAGAAAAGACUGAUACCAAUGAAUUUCUGGUCAAUGUGGAGAGAGAAGACUACUGCUUCAACGUGCAGGCAACAAUCCUGUCUCGCAGUAAAAACCGUAAAAGCCCAGAAAGCCGGAUUGAGUGUACCAGCCUAAAGAAAGGUUUAUCUGAAGAAGCGUUUUUCAUCAUUGGGGCCGUAGUUCUCGUCAUCAUCAUCAUCACCAUUGUCAUCCUGUCCGUGACUCUGUAUAAGUGCAGGAAGAGGAAAGAUUCCGCGAAGAAAGACCACUCCCCUCUUAGAUUUCCAUAAAAAGGAGCACCUUCACAAGUGUCUACUACUGCAAAGCUCACAUCUUACUGUGAUCCAGCAAUAAUAUUUAUUCCCCCUCUAGACUGUAAACUCGCUGUGGGCAGGGAAUGUGUGUUUGUUAUAUUGUACUCUCCCAAGUUCUUAGCACAGUUUGCUCUGUACAAAGCACACACUCAAUAUUUAAAUACUAUUCAAUGAACUAGUGCUUACUAUGCUCAGAGCACUGUAUUAAGCGGUUGGGAGACUACAGUAAUAACAGAGUUGGCAGACAUUCUCCUCCCUGUCCACCAAGAGUUUGCAGGGUAGAGGAGUUUACACUCCAUAUUUUGUGGUGGAAAAUCUGGUGGUACUUUUGGGAGAACAAAACAUUCCUAUCAUUUUAAAUGUAAUGGAGCUUGUCACCUGCACUUAAAUAGGAAGGGAAAAUUUUGUUUCUUUGAAACACUUUUUAUUCCUGUCAGCCACUCACUGUGACCACCCACAAUACACUUUAGUAGGUGGUGCAGUCUAUUUCACACCUCUUGAGAACACUAUCACUCCUCCUACACUAGCCAUACUCUGAUACCAAGUAUUCUGCACACAAGAAUGAGUUAUGCCUUUGGGUUGACUUAUGAAUGUCACAUUUUUCUGAGACAAACUGACCAGAAACUAGGACACAACAAACUAAGCAAUACUGGCAUCUGAUGGACUUCCUAACUUACAUCUAGUCUAAACUUGUAUUAACCAUUUGAGAGGCAGGUUCUUAAACAAGUUUGUUGAAACGUUUAUUUUGGACCUGUCUAGUAUGCAGUAGGACUUGGCACUACAGCUGACUUACACUUGAUGGUUAAUAUAUUUUUUAAUAAUAAGACUACUAGUCAAAUAAUGUCCAAUUUUGAGAAACUCAGGUUACUACAAUUAAUGUGGGGUAUGUGUUUGCGUAUGUGGGAUUUUUGGUAAGGUUUUUGCACUUGGGAAAUUUCUAUUUAUGUAGAGGAUAUUUUAUAUAGCUAUAUAUUUGUAUAUAUUGUAAUAACUUAUUUAAUAUACUUUUUUAAUAAAUAAAGGUGAAUGGGAAUAAAA